AUGAGGGGCGCUCUGCUGGCUGCUGCUGUGCUGUCCUCCUCUCUCCUACCUUUUCUCCUUUUCAGAGUUUUUUUUCCUCUCCUCUUAAUUCGUUCAUUUUUUGACGGUUAUGCGCUGGGCCUGUUUCACCGGCCUCGGGCCUUGAGCGCGGCCCAUCUCCGCGUGUCUUCCUUCCCUUCUACUCUUCUCUUCUCUUCCUCCUUCCAAAGGAAGCCAGAGACGCACACGAACUGUCACUCACUCCCACUCGCUACUGCCCGUCUGCCCCUGCUCAUCCUCCCAUCUCACUCGGCACACCUCCAGAUCGGGAAGGCGGGGGCAUCCGCGAUCGACAGCGGCCAACAGCCGGAAGCAAAGCAAGCGAUGAAGGCAGCAGGAGAAGCUGGAGGAAGCAGCACGCUGCGGAUACUGGUGGCGACCGAUUGCCACCUCGGCUACCUAGAGAAGGACGAGCUGCGCCGGUCCGACUCGUUCGACACCUUCGAGGAGAUCUUCUCACUGGCAGAGAAACACAAUGUGGAUUUCCUGCUCCUCGGCGGCGAUCUGUUCCACGAGAACAAGCCGUCACGCUCGACGCUGGUGAGGACGAUCGAGAUCCUGAGGCGGCGCUGCCUCCACGACCGGCCGGUGCAGUUCCAGGUGGUCAGUGAUCACGCAGCCAGCCUGCAGAACUUGUUUGGUCGACCGAAUUUUGAGGACCAGAACAUCAACGUCGGCUUGCCUGUGUUCACCAUCCAUGGCGACCAUGAUGAUCCUACAGGAGUGGAUAAUAUGUCCGCCAUCGAUGUCCUUGCGGCUGCCGGGUUCGUGAAUUACUUUGGAAAGGUGGAUAUCGGAAGUUCUGGCAUCGGUCACAUGUCAAUUCAUCCUAUCCUUGUUAAAAAGGGUGCAACUUCUGUUGCACUAUAUGGCUUGGGGAACGUUAGGGAUGCAAGAUUGAGCAGAAUGUUUCAGACACCAGGUGCAAUAGAUUGGAUGAAACAUGAGAGUACAGAGGAUAUGCCACUGUCCGACUGGUUCAACAUUCUGGUUCUUCAUCAAAACAGGAUAAAGGGAAGUCUCGACAACGGCAUCAACGAACAUCUGUUACCGAACUUUCUGGAUUUAGUAAUAUGGGGCCAUGAGCAUGAAUGCCUUGCUGAUCCCAAGGAGGUUCCUGGAAUGGGUUUCCACAUCACGCAGCCAGGAUCUUCAAUUGCCACAUCGCUGACCAGCGCUGAAGCAAAAGAAAAGCAUGUGCUUUUGUUGGAAAUAAACGGAAUGAAAUACAGGCCAACUAAUAUACCUCUGAAGACUGUUAGACCUUUCGAAUAUGCCGAGAAUGCAAUUCAGGUUGUGUUAGAAGACCAAGAAGGCGUCGACGCCAAUGAUGAAGCGUCCGUGGAUGCACAUUUGAAUAAAGUAGUGGCCAAUCUUAUUGAGAAGAAUGACACGGCAGCAGGCAGUGGAUCAGAGCCCAAACUUCCACUUGUUAGGUUAAAGGUCGACUACUCUGGGUUCUUAACAAUACACCCACAGCGGUUUGGUCAGAAGUAUGUUGGGAAGGUUGCCAACCCACAAGACAUGAUUGUUUUCUCAAGGUCAGCAAAAAGGCGCCAAAAUCCGCAAGACAACACUGGCGGUUUCGGAGAACUCUACCCAAAUGAGCUUAAUCAACACACGGUCGAAGCUCUGGUGGCAGAAAUUAACUUGAAUAUGCAGGUUCUUCCACUAGAUGACCUGGACACCGCCCUUCAUGUUUUCGUCAACAAGGAAGACAAUAUGGCAUUUCACUCUUGCCUGCAGAAGAACACCGAAGAGGCAAUAAACAAGUUGACCAGCACCAAGGUGGAUACUGACAUCGAAGAUGAAGAUGCAAUGUUAGUACACGGUUUGGGUCAGUUCAUGCAGGCACGAGAGAAGGGAAGAACCCAGACGGCAGCAAGCGUCCAGAGCCUCGCAACCAGCACAUUGGAGGAGCUGAAAUGCUCCUCGGAUCCGGAUCCGGACCAAGAUAUCGGCGACGACUCGAAUGAGCUCAUUGAAACAUCGGAUGGAGAGUGCCAUCAUGAGAAGAUGGCAAGGCCGGGGAAGCGGCCGGCCCCUUCUGCUACGGCCGGGGGCUCUGCGUCUUCACCUUCUUCCUCGACCCGGGGGAGGAAGACGGACCUGGCUUCGUUCUGCGCGCCUGCGGUGAAGGAGGAAUUGGACGACCGCGGGACCAAGAAAGUACGACCAUCGCCUCAUGUUGCUGGGAGGUAUGGCGCGGUACGGAGGAACCGGUGAGAACGAGAUCAACGCGGGUGGCUCCAACGGGACAUGAAUCCACCUCGCUCAAGGCUGCAGUUUGCUUGAGGAAUUCAUACAGAUACUUCCUAGACCGAUGAAGUAUGCAUGCAUUAUGUGCGUGCCUCGCGCUACUCUUUUCUGAAAACCAUUCCGGGAUCCUUUAUAAUUUACUAAGUCUAACGGAUCGAAAAUGCUCAAUGGAGCUCGGCCUUCGUGGAGGCCGAACUUGAAAUAAUCAAAAUUUGACCAUUUUCCUAUUCACAAA